AUUGGUCAGGAGCCGUUAGAGGCUUUUCCGUAACGACCUGGGGAUUGGUCCCGAGGAGGUUCGGCCAUUUCCGUAACGGCCUCGGGGCUGGGGGCUAUUGAGUGCGUCUGGCUCCUCGGCUGGGUAUUCACAGAACGCGCUUAGGGUCGUUCCGCAGCGUAGGGCGGCAACGGCCAUAGGCGGCUGCGCGGCUUUGGCGCACACGCAGAGUGCACCAGCAGGAGCCCGGCACGCAGCGGAGGCAGCAGCGGGGACAAAGGGACUGAUCGGCAGGAACGGGGAGGGGGGCCCGGCAGGAGGCGGCCGGCGCCGGGGAGGGAGCGGCAGGAGGCUUCAGCCGGGCGGGCGAGUCCCACGUGCCUUGGGCGCCCGGGGAAGCAACAGCACCAACCACCGCCGCCAGCGCUCUGAAGCCGGUUGAGGAAGAGUCGGGGAGCCGUCGCCGUCAUGGCCUGCGCCGCCGUCGCCGGCCACCGCCCGCAGUGCAGCGUUCUCAGCCUGAGCCGUCGCCAGCUGCCCCUGCGGGCGCAAUGAGGAGACGCGCGGGAGCCGCCGCCUCAGCGCCGCACUGAGAAGAAGCCUUAGCGAGCGAGCGAGGCCGCCCGGGCCGCUUCACCCCUACGCCGCCCGCCGCGGAUCCCGCCGCCCCUGCCGGAUCCCUUUGCGAGGGGACGCAUCACCUCCUGUCGGCGGAUCCGGGAGCCCCGAGAUCCCUCCGCCGUAGAAAAAAUAGUCCCUUUCCCUGCCGCCUCCCUCAGAGGCGAGGGGGCAAGAAAGGAGAGGGGAAGGGGAAGAAAGAGGAGGAAGAAGAAAAGGAAGAAAAAAAGAGAAAGAAGACAAGAGAAACCCGGAGACGGGAUCAGAGGAGCCGGGCCGUGAGCCUCCGCCCCAUGUGACUGGCGCCCAGGGUGGGGGCAGCGAGGCCUAGCAAACCCCCCUCGCUCGCGGCCGGGAGCAGAAGCGGGAGCGGCGCCGGGGGGGCUGCGAACUGGGCGGAGGCGGCUCUCGGACCCACCGGCGCUGCCAGGAAGGAUGGUUUUGUGAGAAACGUGCGGCGUGAAGAGGAGGAAGAAGAAGAAGCAGCCGGGCGAAGAGCGCGACAGAGACCGAGAGGGGAGGGGGCUUCCCCAGGGGGGGGAAGGGGGGGGCCCGGCGUUUCAUGUGGCGCGACCCGCCCGUCUCCUCCAGCUGAGCGAGCGAGGGAGCGGCAGGCGGGCCCGCCGAGCCGCCGAGGCAAGGCGGAGGGGGAAGGCAGGAAGAGAGAGGUGAUCGGGGCAGAGCAGGAGCAGGAGACCAUGUCCGGGCGGCCCAGGACCACCUCCUUCGCGGAGAGCUGCAAGCCGGUGCAGCAGCCCUCGGCCUUCGGCAGCAUGAAAGUUAGCCGAGACAAAGAUGGCAGUAAAGUGACUACAGUAGUGGCAACUCCUGGACAAGGUCCAGACCGACCACAAGAAGUUAGCUACACAGACACCAAGGUGAUUGGCAAUGGAUCUUUUGGUGUUGUGUAUCAAGCCAAACUCUGUGAUUCAGGAGAGCUCGUGGCCAUUAAGAAAGUCCUGCAGGAUAAGCGAUUUAAGAACCGAGAGCUCCAGAUUAUGAGAAAGUUGGAUCAUUGUAACAUUGUCCGAUUGCGUUACUUCUUCUACUCUAGUGGAGAGAAGAAAGAUGAGGUGUACCUCAACUUGGUGCUGGACUAUGUUCCUGAAACAGUAUACAGAGUUGCCAGACAUUAUAGUCGGGCCAAACAGACACUCCCUAUGAUUUAUGUCAAGUUAUACAUGUAUCAGCUGUUCCGGAGUUUAGCCUAUAUCCAUUCCUUUGGGAUCUGCCACCGGGAUAUAAAACCACAGAACCUCUUGCUGGACCCUGAUACAGCUGUUCUAAAACUCUGUGACUUCGGAAGUGCAAAACAGCUGGUUCGUGGAGAACCUAAUGUCUCAUACAUCUGCUCUCGGUACUACAGGGCACCAGAGUUGAUCUUUGGAGCCACCGAUUAUACCUCCAGUAUAGAUGUGUGGUCAGCAGGCUGUGUAUUGGCUGAACUGUUACUAGGACAACCAAUCUUUCCAGGUGACAGUGGUGUGGAUCAGUUGGUGGAAAUAAUCAAGGUUCUGGGAACGCCUACAAGGGAGCAAAUUAGAGAAAUGAAUCCAAACUACACUGAAUUCAAAUUCCCUCAGAUUAAGGCACAUCCAUGGACUAAGGUCUUCCGGCCCCGCACUCCCCCAGAAGCAAUCGCGCUAUGUAGCCGUCUGUUGGAGUACACCCCCACUGCCCGCCUGACUCCCCUGGAGGCCUGUGCACACUCUUUCUUCGAUGAACUACGGGACCCAAAUGUCAAGUUACCAAAUGGGCGAGAGAAACCUGCACUCUUCAAUUUCACCACUCAAGAACUGUCAAGUAACCCAUCUCUGGCUUCGAUCCUCAUCCCUGCUCAUGCCCGGAACCAAGCAGCUGCUUCAACCCCUACAAACGCUACAGCGGCCUCAGAUGUUAAUGCAGGAGAACGAGUUCAGACCAAUAGUGUAGCUACAGCAUCAGCCUCCAACUCCACCUGAACCGGUACCGAGCAGCCAGCUGCACAGGAAAAAUCACCAGUAAUUUGAGUCUUGCUCAGCAACACUGGUCACAUUUGGAAAGAAAAUUAAAAAGAGGAAAAAAAAAAAAAGGCAAACAAAAAAAAAACCCCAACAAACCAACCUGUUCAUUUUAGUGUUCAAUUUUUUAUUAUUAUUAUUGUUGUUCUUAUUUAACCUUGUAAAAUAUCUAUAAAUACAAACCAGUUUCAUUGUAUUCUCACUCUGCAGGGUGUCCGGGGCAGGGGACUAGGUGGGGGGAGGAGGGAAAGCGGAGCAAUACAACACACCAAUGUCUCUCCCCUCGACAAUCUCUUCAUGUUGGAAGUUUGCUGUUGUGUGCUUCAGAACCAGGACUCUUGCCUCAUGCCCCCUCCCACAACAGAAAGAAGGAAACAAAACAAAGCAAAACAAACCCCAAACCUCAUUCUCUGCUGAAGUUCUUUUUCUUUUUUUUUUUUAACCUCUUUUUUUAUUUUCUUUUUAAGUGAAGUUUUGGACUUUGAUGUAGUGCACAGCUUGAAUUUGGUCGGGAGCUUGGCAGGGGUCAUUCAACAGAGGUCAGCGUUCCUUGUCAGCGAAUCCAUAUCCCAGGUUGUCUGAAGAGCUGCCCUGGCUCGGUGUGAGGAGUGGGUGAUGUGGUAGGAAGAUAGUUUACUGGGGUGGGGGGGGAGGGUUGCCGUGUGUCUAAGGCUUGAACCGCUAGUUGGAAGCCUUUUGUUUUAAAAAUCAGUGCUAGCGAUGAAGAAACCUGCAGCUUCAUUAUGGGAAAAGUCUUGCACCGAGUGGGUUCUGUAUAAUAUAAUACACACACAUACGCCAAUAUGAGCGGUUAGCUUUGCCCAAGCAGCCCCUGUCCCCCACGCCUCCUCACAGGCCAGGGCUGAGGCAGGGGCAGGGUGAGGGCGAGGCAGCUGGCAGGGGCAGCUGGUCGGCUCCCGUCUUCAGCAGAGAAGAGCAGAUGAACAAAACCCUUGGAGGGGUGGGGGGCCUGGCUAGGGAUGGCGAGGGGCUUUCCGCAAAGUGGCCACUGUGAAAGUUUGGUUAGUUAUUUCUUUUUUUUUUCUUUCCCUCCCUCUCCCCCACCCCAUCCUCCUGCGCAGAGCCCAGGGCUCUCAGUUUGAACAGGCUUCCCUUUCCCAAGGUGCAUACAGGCAAAGGACACCGGGGUCUAUAAUGUGAACUGUUAACAGUCUACUGGUUUAUUUUGUAAUGUUUUUAACUGCAGUUUUAACUUGCAGGAUGCCACCCUCUCUCCGAUAGUUCUGAUUUUAAAUCCACGGCUAGAAUCUGUAUUUAAUUUCAUCUUCUUUUUUUUUUAACCCCUCACUUUUGUUUUUUCUUUUCCCCCCGAUCUCUAUUUAUUUGAUGCGUGUCGCCACAUCGCCGUGAUGUUUUUUCAUCGGUAGAAUACUAAUAAAAUACACAUCCGAGCGCUCUCGACAGUACUCUGUACCUGCUGACUUGUAGGAAAGCUGGCUAUAUAUUGAGUGUGUGUGUAUAUAUAUUAUAUAAAUAUAUACAUGUAUACAUAGAUACAAUACUGCUUUUUUUUUAUGUUGUCUACAAUCUCGAAACAGUCCGACCGAAGCGUGAGGCGAACGCUCGUCGUAGCCCCGUCCCAUCCGUUCAGGGUCCAGGUUCCCUCCCCGCAGCGGCGACGCGUGGCCUGAAGCAUCCAUCCCCCCGCGUCUCUCUUCCUGAAGUCAAAGCAAUAUCCCUCGGGAAAGGGUCAGGCGAGCGGCCAGACGCGGCCGCGGCGUAGCAAAACGAGGGGCCUCAGGAGACCUCUGCUCCUGGCGUAGGUUCCGCUCGCAGUUGGUGCCCGCCCCUGGCCUUAACCCUCCUUCGGAGAAACCACAGUCGCCUUUGGUGCUUACCGAGCUGUUGUCAGACCCCACAGACCUGUCAGGCAAGCGAUUGCUUUUCGGGAAGGCGCGCGGCCCCUCACACGGCCCCCGGGAGUGGGUGGCCGGUCGCUGCGGCCUGGCCAAGCUCAGCCGCCGCGGCCUGGGCAGCAGAGCAGGCGUUUUGCUCACGAGCUCGGUGCGUUUCCUCUUGAACCUUUUGUGCCGUUGAUGUGGGGGGUUUUGGGUUUUUUGGAAACUGUUUCUUGGCAGCCCCAGAGUUGACUGAUGAAAAGCCCUGUCCUCUCCCUCCUGCCUGACAAUGCAGCGGGGUUUUGGGGAGACGGGAGCUGUUUUAAGAGGCCGAGUGAGCACCUACCGUGAAGUGACGAUAAACUCUCGUGCUAUACCCCUUGGGCACACAGAGGGGCAAAAACAAAAGAGGAGAAGAAAGGUUUUAAAGGUUUAGGUUGUGGGGUUUUUUGCCAUUGUUCAGUUCUGGCUGGCUGCAAAGGAAAGCACACCCAUGUUUAGAAACGGCAGGCUUUCCAAAUCCUGAUGUUGCCACAAUAAUAGAAAGGGCCCAAGAGCAUCUGAAUGCGAGAGCUCAGCUAGUCAGUGUCUCAAAAGGUAAGUGAAGGGGCUUGGUUUGACCCAGUGAUCCAAACAGAGGCAGGAGACUCACAAAGUAGGUCAGUGGCAGGGUACAGACCCGCCGCACCGGGCGAGGCCGCUGAGGCGUUGACCACAACAGACGCUGUUAUUUGGAGGCAGAAAAGAACGGGCCUUGAAAAAAGUAGUUAAAAAAUGGAAGAAAAAUUGCUGCUUGUGCCAGGAAAUGUGGCUUUUCUUCUUUUUUUUUUUUCUUUUUAAUUCAUUUUUGUGGAAGACUGGCAGAGGGAGUUAGGAGCAUUUCUCUCCGUUUUUGUGACUGUUCUGGCGUCUGUAUGUGUCGUGUGUGUGUGUAUGUUUUAGGCUGGGGGGAAGGUCAGGGGCACCCCUCUGGUUUUAUUUCUUUUUGUUUUGUUUUGGGUUUGUUUGGUUUUUUUCUUUUUCAAGGAUCAUGGCAGGAUCACACACUCUUUUAUACAAGUUAGAUCCAGGUCUUUGAAUAACCUUUUUUUGUAAAUAAGAAAAAAGAAAAAAAACCACACACAAAAAAGCAAAAAAAAAAAAAAGACAACAAAAAAAACCCACCCAGCAGCACCAAGCUCCUCACCAAAUUCAAGCUUUGUACAUUAUUAUUAUUUUUGGUUGGUUUUUUUUUUUUUUGAGUUUUAUUGUUUUGUAUGUAAAUAUGUGGACCCAGGAACUGUUAUUAAUGAGCAAAAAGUUACCGUUCAGGGCAGUGAUUCUGUUUAAUAAUCAGACAAAAUGUAGACGAGCUUUUUAAAGCCAUAUAGUUUUAACUCUGUACAGUAGGUACCGGCCUGUAUUAUUGUAACAAUAACUCUAGCGAUGUAUAGUGUAUCUAUAUAGUUUGGAGUGCCUUCGCUUCCAUGAUUUUUUGAAUUUUAUUUCCCUUCUCCCCUUACCCCACCCCCCAUCCUUUAUUAACGACGUCUCCCACCCCAAACCUGCAUCUUUGCUUCCCCCCUCCUCCACGCCCCGCUUUCUAACUCUUUUGAGUGCUGUAAGGUUUCGAUGGUACCCUGAUCAGUAGCGGAACGAAAGGAAACCGUCUCCACCGUCAUUUCAUUUCAUUUCAUUGGAGCCGUGGCUUUGUUCUGGUUUGUCUCCAAGUUGCCCGCCCUGCCUUCUCCUCCUCCUCCUCCCGCUCAGACACUUGCCCUAAAGCAGCUCACUUAGACUUUGCUCGUCUCUUCCCCCCAGUCCUGUGCCCAGACGCCUGUCUGGGCGGCAGCAGCUUCUGGGAGGCUCUGGGCCCUGGCCCGCAUCCCUGCGGCUGUGCCGGGGGAGCGGGAAGUCCCCCCAGGAGGGAACCCCGCGGGAGUGCUGCCCUCGCAGCCGGUAGGCAUGAGGGUGUCGCUGGAGGAGGCCGCGGUGGUUUCUUCUGCCCGUGGGGACUUUCUGUUCCCUUUCUUCUCCCUGGUUUGUUGUUUUUCCCUGCCACCUCCCACCACGCCCCUUCCCGAUGUCACUUUUGUUUUCUUGAGAUGAUAAUUUUAACAUGACUCUUGAUUUCUUGUGCCCAGCACGAAGGCCUUGUUUCUAAAACUAGUUUGCUUGUGUUUUACUACCUUGUUAGUAUUCCACAUAAGAUUGUCUUGAAUGGGAAAACACUUAACUCUUUACCAAACCAAAGGUUGCUGUUUUAUUUCGAAGCAUCUCGUGUUCAUUCCAGUGAAGCAGAGGCUGCGCUUUCUUUCUAGUGACACGAAGGUCAGUGAUGCCAAGCUUUUGGCGACAGUCCGCUCAGAGCUGUCCUCUCUCUUCUUUUAACUCUCUUCCCGGCUUGUUUUUUAAACCAAGUCUGGUCUUGGUCUUGAUCUGUCCUUGAUGUCAACCCUGCCUUGGCGUGGGUCUCUGAGCCGGCCUCGAUCGCAGUCUCUCUCUUUCUCUCCCCCGACGGACACCUCCUCAAGAUGCUGGUGUUCUUUAACGUUAAACUUAUCAACUUGGUAGGGGAAACAAAAAACAAAAUAGAAACCAAGAAACAAAAAUAAUAACCUGCAGAAGAAAAUUGUUUGGUAGGAGAUCCCCAAAUGCUUUGUUGCCCUUAUUUCAAAGCCAAGCUUUACCUAAAAAAUAACGGCAGGUGCCUGCAACUCGCAACUUAAAAAGUUUCCCACCCCCACCCCACCCCUUGCCCCGGUUUUUCAGUACUUGGGAAAGUAGAAGCCAAGCAGCCCAUCAGACUCAGUGCUCCUGUGAGUAGGAACCUCGGCCACCACGGGGUGGGAGGGGGGGGAGGGUAGAAUGAAAAGGAAAAGCCGGUGGGGGGGGGGGGGCAGGGGGAAGCACAGUUAGGGUAUUGGUUCUGGGCUCUGCCUUUUGGAGCCUGCCAGUGGGUACCCCCGGGGUGGUGGCAGCCGAUUCCCACGGGGCUCUCUCGGCUGGUUCUGGUGGUAGUUGGCUUCGUUUUGCAACACCGCAAUAACGGCAAAACGACAGGAAAGGAAAACAGUACCUAAGGGGUUAGCUCGAGAAAAAGUAGCUUCCUUGUGUUGGUCUUUCUCAGUUUAUUUUUAAUAUAUAUAUAUAUAAAAUAUAUUUAUAUAUAUAUAAUUUGCUUGCCUGUAAAAUUUGCGUUCAUUACCGUGUUGCUGAUGGAUCACUUGGGCCUGUACACACCGAUUAGCGUUGACCACUUCCAUCCUAAAAGCAGAAAUCUAAAAAAGAAAAAAAGAAUAAAAAAAAAUAUAUAUAUAUAUUAAGGACUGUGGGUUGUAUACAAACUAUUGCAUACACUUGUGCAAAUCUGUCUUGAUUUAAAGGAAAAAGCAAAACCUGUAUAACAUUAUUACUACUUGAAUGCCUCUGUGACUGAUUUUUUUUUUUUUUCAUUUUAAAUAUAAACUUUUUUUGUGGAAA